UACAAGUUACAAGGAGCAAGUUGAGGGCAGUGAGAGAACGUCGGAAGGAGAUCAAGUUCGCGCGGCGUCGUUCGUCAGAAGAAGAAACUCUAUUCUUCUGAGAACAGGUGGAAAGUAUCGCAAAAGAACUAUGAGCCCAUUGAAUAGAGGUCCUCUUAUGGCGCCCAGAUUGCCACCGGCCGGCACGCGACAGCUUCCGCCGCCUAGGUUCGCGGGUAGACUAGCACCGCCGCCACCGCCGCAUGGUAUGCCACCGAGGAUGUUACCGCCGCCGUUAAAUCCGAUGUUCGGUCCGAGUGGACCGCGACAGAGACUGCCGCCGCCGCCACCGCGGCCCGUCGGCGGCGUGUCUCGGCCUAACGGUAUGCUGCCGAGAUUCCCCGGCGGUCCCAGAGCCCGCGGCAUGGCGCCCAUCGUGCCGUCGAUGGGACCGCGUGGUUCCGGAUUACCGCGCGGGCCUCCCAUGCGACCUUGGCCGCGACGAAUGCCGCUACCACAGAUGAUGCCGCCAAUCAGGAUCAGGUACAACAUGGGUAAUGGGAAUACCAAGAGCAAGACAAUGGGUAACCCUAAGAAAGGCAAGAUUGAAGAAUUAGAAUUAAAAAAACCAUGGAUGACAGACGAAAUUCGUAAUGAGAUUCAAAGAAAAAACAAACUGUAUGCUAAGGCAAAAAAGAACAAAGAUGCAGUAGAAUGGGAGGAAUUUAAGGAUCUUCGAAAUAAAGUGACGAGGAUGAUAAGAGAUGCAAAAAAUGAAUACCUUGCAAAGCAUCCCGAACAGGCUCAUCUGUAUCCAGAUAGUGAAGAUCUACAUGAUAUGAGAGAUGAAAAUUAUGUCAGUUCUGACGACGACAACAAGACGUAUUAUUGCGAGGUCUGUGAUAGAGAUUUCCCAUCGGAGGAUGAUCUCUCUGAUCACAAACGUAUACACAUGAUUUGUGGGAUUGAUGGCUGCACAUUUUCGGCGCAUCCCUCACUCGUUGAAAAACAUAUUAGUAUGCAGCAUCGUUCUGGUUUGUACCAAAAACUGAAGAAUUUAUCGACACCAGAAGAUAUUGAAAAAUGGAUAAAGGAACGGAAAAAGAAGUAUCCCACUGAAGACAACAUAAAAUUACGUAAGGCAGAAGAACUAGAAAAAGUACAAAGGGGAGAAGUAAUCAAGCAGAAUUAUAAUAUACGAUCGAAAACAAAUAAGAUGACGAACGUACGUGAGAAAAAACGCAGGCCUCGCAAACGGUACAUACGCGAAACCAACAGUAAUUGUAUCCGUACAGAAGAAACAUAUAGAGGUUUACGCCCAUUUGCUGGAAUAACUGAUUUGCAAGAAGAAACUGCGAUUUACUUAGAUGAACAGGUGGAACAAACUAAUUUCUGUGGAAAAGAAAUUGAUAUUUCGGAUGAGGAUGAUAUACCGCAUGCAUCUACAACACCAGAAUAUGUAUCGCAAACAGCAGCAGAGUCCACUAAUUUAGCAACUGUAACCAGUUCGCUUAUACUACCUAAUUUAGUAGCAGAUUAUGAAAGUGAAGACAGUGAUGAUGGUCCAGAAGAAGUAUCGAUAAAAAAAAGGAAAACGGAGGAGAAUCUGCAAGAUGAUAUUACAGAAAAUACAAUUCAUGAAGAAAAUUCUACGCAAGUUUGUGAAAAGGUUUCUAAUACGCAGUCUUGUACCAAUGCGGAUGAUGAAUCAAAUAAUAAAUUUCAAAAUACAGUCGCUACAGAUCAAAAUAAGCAAAGCCGCGAACUAAAUAGAGUGGUUAGUAAUAAAAAUGAGAAAUUUGUACGUAGAUAUCAUAAUCAAUUGUUAGAAAAAUUGCUUUCGCGUUCUAUACAGCAUGAGAGAAAUUUAAUUUGUCAGUGUGUGAAAUAUAUUAUAGAAAAUAAUUUCUUU